UUCACUUUAUAGAACAUGGGGGAUUGUUAAAAUAACACUUGUACGUGUUUGACUGUGGAUGCGGUGGAGCAUAUGUAGGGUGUUAAAACAUUGGAUGCUACCUUGUCAUUACUAUAAGCUUACCUCUGUAAAUAUCGAAUGCAUGUUUUAGCAAUGAUUCUGCGUAACAUGAGGACAAAGAUGCCCAAACAAGUAUUCGCACGAAUAUCCUACUGCUAGUUACAAACAGGACAUACCUGUUGUCUGCCUGAAUAUGUUUGAGUGUUCGUUUUAAGACCAUUUAUUUGGGCUGCUGGGCGUCACAGUUACCUGGUAUCUAGACUGCAUGUUUGGUCAGUCGAGCUAUUCCAACCAUCCGAAUCGAGCGAUUCGGUCUCUACGUUGAUCUCUAGGUCUGAGAAAAAUGAGUUCUUGUUUUAAUAUUUCAUACAAUCCUUAUAAUUACAAGUUAUGAAGAUUCGCAAAUUUCGGCUCAGAUCUCGAAGAUAUUUUCCAGAAAACAACUGCAUACCUGACAUGCAAGUGCAGAAAUAAGUUAUCUCCAAAAUUCAAAAGCUCUAGUCGGUUUUUGCAAUUUUCUUCAACAACACUGACAAUUUUACUGUUUAUUUACCGACUCACAUAUCUUGGGAGGAACUUUUGUGCUUUCACACCGGCUCGUCGAUGCCGUACCCGACAUGCGCUCUGAUAGUGGACUUACAGAAACACUGAUUCGACCAUUAUUAGGUUGUUUGGUACUAAAGUAUUGACACAUUAGGUAGUAAAAACAUUGAAUGGACUAAAAAGGUAAUAUUUUCGGUUGGAUGGGCUUUCAUGAAACUCACAAAAAUAUUAUAUAUUUAGCUUGUAAAGCACUUGAUGCAUUAUAGCACUGACCUUGUAUGGAUAACUUGAAUUUAUAUAAAAGAAAAGAAAUGAAAUAUAAUAAAAACUCGUUUUUUAUACUUUAUUAAUGUUAUGACUUUUUUUAAAUAAAACGAAGAUAAAAGUAAUACCGCUGUCGAUAUUGGUCAUAUUGGCAUUUUGACAUUCAAAUGAUUUCGACCUUGAUUUUGAAAUGCAUAGGUGUGAAUGUCAGUAAGAUGUAUAUAAUUAAACAGUUAAAUCAUCUAUUCGAAAACAAUGGUUCUUAUGAAAGAUAUCGGGUUUAAUAUGAAAGAAAUGAGCAUAAAACACAGUAUAUCUACCUAAUAAGACUAUAGUAGAUCACAGUAAAUCUUUUAGCAUUCGACAAUCAUUUAAUAUUUUUGCGUUUUCUGCUAUUAAAUUCACGGUAACAAUCUUGUUAUCAGUAGUUAAUAUUUUCCAUAAAUGCAUUAUUUAGUUUGUAGUUUAAGGUUUUCAGUCGAAAUAUAUGUUUGUUAUACAUGUUUAUGUAUUGAUUUUGAAUAAGAGUGUCACUUUAAUUUGCUUGCUAGUCGCACUUCAAGAGCUCGAGUCCACUUCUAUACUCUGUGACUUCAAUAACAUAUAUUAUAAAUUUAGAUAUGUUCGGUGCGCAAAUGCAAUUCAUGAAACUCGAUAAAUAAUGCAACAAACAAUAAAAAACGUCCAUAUUUGUUUACCAUAUUAUUAUAUUAUGCGACAUAACAUGACAUUUAUAAAGCUUUGAAUAUGCAGGUGUGCGUGAAAUUAAUCUAAAAAGGUCAGAUUGUUUUGAUUGUGGAAUCAAAGGCUAUAUAAAGCAUUCUGUAGCUCGGACUUUUCAAAGCAUCACGGUAUACGAUUGUUUUGUUUACGUUUGUGCUUAAUUUUGCUAACAGCCUGAGGGUAAGUUUUCUUUAAAUUAAAUACACUUUGUUGUUUACAGUUUCUUGAGAUUAGCGUGUUUUUUUUUUACUUGAGAAAUUUUACUCAGACAUUGUUGUUAUAUAAAUUUUAAAUAUCUGAACCAUGUUACAAUUGUACUAACUGUAUUUAUUAUAAUAAUAGCAAAAGUAAUAAACAUGCCAGAAUCUUGAGCAAUCUAAUUUUCCUUAUAACAUAAUUAGGCUCAGCACACCUGUUUUGUUUUGGUGCUAUUGUGUAUUUUUUUCAUUUUAAAACGUUUUGAAAUUGUAAAUUGAUAAACACGAUGAAGUAUAUUUUAUUUUGUAUAAUCAGGUUUAAGAACCUAAUUUGCCUAAUAAAAUAAGGAGCUGCAGCAUCUUUCGAGAAAUUGGGGACCACAAGGAACACUUAUGUCAAUAGCAUAUCACCCUAACUGUGUUUACAUUUAUAGAAAAAAUAAGAAUUACAUAUGCAUAUACACGCAUGCAAUUAAUACAUAUUCACAUCCACGUCUAUUUCAGAUGAAUUGUCUAUUGUUUGGCUUUGUGUGCGUCAGUUCGGUGAUGCUCGUUUCAUCUGAGAGGAAUGCAUACCGCCUUGUACAGGUUUCCAAUGAAGGUGUUGAGGUUGCUCAAGAUAUAAUUCACGACACCGUGGAAAACACUGUUACCGUCAUCGUUGGAGAUGUCUCUAUGUACAAAGGCCUAGAGGCAACUGUGAACUACCAUGACUUCAACACGGGUUAUCUCGCUUUCAAAGACAUUCGUAGACAGUUGUGUCUGUUGUCAGUAGCUCCAAUUCCAUAUGCCACUCCAGAGUUAUAUGCUCAGGGAAAGACAAAUAGGACUUAUGAGUAUCUCUCAAAGAUCGACCAUGUUCUAAUGUCACAUGAUGAUGUCAUCAGAAUUGCCGGUGAAAAACUAGCCAACUUCUGUCAGAAUUACCGAACUUACUUCCAAACUCUCACACCAAAAAGAAGAUCUCGCAGAGAUUUAUCCACCCUGAUACAAAAACCAUGCAACUUCCUUUGCAUUGGUUGUGCUAUGUCUGGAAGCUACAUGGAAUUGGAUACGCUCUGAAAGGGAACUGGAAAGCGAGACCAAUCAAUUGACAUGACGCGCUCAACUGGUUGUACGUUACGAGGUGGGCAAAUUAAUCCAUGUCAACUAUAUAUUGACGAAAUAUAAUCACUUUUGUUUUCUGUUAAAUUUUUGUUAAAAAUUAUGAAAAGUGAAAAUUCACCAAUUAAUAUGGUAUAUACUAAUUUGAAUGUUAAUGUAAAUAAUGCUUCUUGUGCAAGGGAAUAAAUUAUAUUAUUGAUCAUAUUGGUUUUAUGGAUGUAAGACAAAACUUUGAUGUAAAUACAAAUUGUCUUCUUUUACUUAAAUGUUGAAUUCGUGAUCAGUUUAUUCAAGAUUGGAAUGCUUCUAAAAAUGAUAUGCCAAAACACUGUAUUGUAAACUUAAGGAAAUCUUUUGUUUUGAAAAUGAUCUUGUACAAAUUAAAAAAGAUAGAUUAAGAAAAUAUAUGACCUGUUUUAAAUUAUCAGCACAUAACCUUGAAAUUGAAGCUGGUAGAUAGUCUAAUACUACAUUUUUGAGCUGAUAAAAAAUGUAAAUGUGCUUCAAAUAUUAUAGAAGACGAGUGUCAUUUUAUGUUAUGUUGUACACUCUACAAUAGAUAAAGACAUAUACACUUAGGCAACACCUCCUGGCCUUCUUUAGAUAUGUAAAAAUCUCUAUUUCUAAGCAAUUCAACUAGUAAAUUACUAAAUACUAUACAAUUUAUCAAAUUUGCAAUGUAAUUAAGAAAAUCUACCCUGGAACAUUAACUGUUUCUUUAAUACACUGUAAUAAUUAAGCAUGAAUGAUUUAUAAUUUGACUGUCAUAUUAUUGCGUUGUUUUUUUGCCUUUGUUUUUGUAUCAUGCUCUUUACUGUUAUUCCUAAUUUGUGUGUGUAUGUAUAUGUGUUGUAUUAUAACGAUGACCAUGUGUUUAAUGGCCAUGGCAUUUGUAUGCCCACUUCUGCCAUUAAAGUUUGAUUUUUUUGUUGAACGGUUUGAAUGACAAUCAGAUGUGUUAAUUGGUUGACUGAGUUUGGCUUUGCAACGUACAGCUUAUUUUGUAUAAUCAACUGCUACUAUUCAAUAAACGUUAUACUAACAUAA